AUGGUCUCUGGUCAGCUCCGUGGAUUUGUGCGCAACAGGGGGCCUGCGGAAGUUUUAGAUGGCUGGCGCCUGCUUCGUAUCAGGCAGCCCGUGCGAAAACGCAGCAUCUUAGGCUGCGCAAAGAAGCUUUUCGCGGCGAUGCAGACGCUGUUAACCGGCCACGGACCAUCGAUGGCAGUCUCUGCAGGCUAUCUAGACACCUGUGCAGUAAAGUCGGAUGGUCGUCUCGUGUGCUUUGGAGGCAACUCGGACGGCGAGUGUGAUGUGCCGGCAGCCUUGGGGCCAGUUGUGGCCACCUCCGCAGGCUUUGACCACUCCUGUGCCGUUAGCAGCGAUGGGGAGCUGGUUUGCUUCGGAUGCAACAGGUUUGGCAAGUGCGAGGUGCCGCCGAACUUGGGCCCGGUCGUGGCCGUCUCAACCGGAUACUUGCACACCUGCGCGGUACGGGCGGAUGAUCAGCUGGUCUGCUUUGGGCAUAACUUGGAGGAGCAGUGCGAAGUGCCAGCAGACCUAGGGCCAGUCGCAGCAGUCUCUGCGGGAUACUCCCACACCUGCGCGGUGAGCGAGGACGAUUUUGGCUUAAAGUGCUUCGGGAAACAGGCGAAUGGCCGAUGCGACGUACCCUCAGACCUGGGACCUGUUAUGGCAGUGUCUGCAGGGUACUCGCAUACUUGUGCCGUGAGGUUAGACGGUCAGCUGGUCUGCUUCGGAAGCAACUCGGAUGGUAAGUGUGAGGUGCCACCGGACUUGGGGCCGGUUGCAGCAGUCUCCGCCGGCAAUUCCCACACCUGUGCUGUGAAGAUUGAUGGUGAGCUUGUUUGUUUUGGGCGGAACAGCUUCGGACAGUGCGAUGUACCGGCCGAUUUAGGCCCGGUUGUCGCGGUCUCGGCUGGAUAUCUUCACACGUGUGCCCUGCGGAUGAACGGUCAGCUGGUCUGUUUUGGAGACGCCAGGUUCGGUAAGUGUCGCGUGCCACCAGAGUGGGAUAGGGUUUAA